AUGGCCACUGCAUCGCAGCCGGGCCUUCAGCAGCCGUCACCGCUGGACUUCGACACUACCUCGGAGUGGCCGGCGUGGAUACUGCACUUCGACGACUGUCGCUAUGCAUCGGGUCUGAACGAGCGCUCAGAAGAGGCACAAGUACGCACUCUGCUUUAUACCAUGGGCCGACAAGCAAGGGACAUCUUCGCCACCUUCAACCUUUCUGCAGACGAUUCGAAGAAAUUUGAGCUGGUCAAGAAGAAGUUCGAUGAUGACUUCAUCAAGGAGAGCAACGUUGUCUACGAGAGCGCUUGCUUUCACAAGCGGCACCAGAUGCCUGGCGAGUCAAUUGACCAGUUUAUGACUGCUUUACACGUCUUGGCAGACAAAUGCGACUUGAGAGAAUUCAAGCAGCGCCUCAUCAGGGACCGGUUCGUCGUGGGCCUGCGGGAUGAAAAACUUUCCGAGUCGCUCCAAAUGGAUCCCAAGCUGUCUCUCGCAACUGCCCUGGCGAGGGCCCGCCUAAAAGAGACCGUUCAGCAGCAGCAAGAAGAACUUCGAAACUCCAACGAAGUCCACGACUACACACCGUGCAAGCCAUGUGAGGACGUCAACGUUGACGCAGUGGGCUACCGCAGGAAACCGCAACGCAGCAAGGAAACACGGCCGACAUCAGCUCGUUCCGACGGACCAUGCAUCUUCAGCGGAGGCAACUCGCACCCAAGGACAGCCUGCCCAGCGAGGGACCAGAGGUGCUUCAACUGCGGCUUAAAGGGACACUUCGGCAAGGUGUGCCUCAAAGGGACUUCUCCAGGCUACCAGCGAAAGGUGUAA